AAAACCGAAAAUAAAGAAUACCGGAUGUUGCGGUAUUGUAAAUUUUUUACCCAAUUAAAUAAUGACGUCUUUAAAUUAUGACGCCAUUUCUACCACACCUAAUCGUUCUUCACUACUGGAUUUACGUUAAUUGGGAUUUUCAAAAUGAUUAAUUUAAUACCAAAGAAUUUUAUAAUCGGUUUUUAUUACAUUUUUUACAAGUGCAAUUAAACUAAUUAAUUAUUGAGCGACUUUUAUCUCAUUUUCUUUAAACUUUGUCUCGUUUUACAGCCAAUUUUCUUUUUUGCUACCUUCAUUUCGAACUUAUGCUGAAUAAUUUAAAAUCGUUAAAAACGAAAAUAUACUAAAAUAACAGCUGAUAAAGAAAAUUAGUGCCCAUUAUAUUUUUUAUCUAACAGCUCACUAUUUAAAAAAAAUAUAUCGUUAGUAAAGGGCCAGGACAGAGAGUAGAAAUUUCAGUUACACAAAUAAAAUAUGGAUGUUCGAUUGGAAACAUAUCGAAUCGAGAGAAAAAUGCUAAACUAUUUUAUUAUCCUUUUUGGCAUCCUGCACGUCGAGGGGAAUAUUAUUUACACUGAUAGAAAUGUAAAUGAAUUGGACAAAAACGGGACAGACUCGGAAGAGUACCAUUUGGAGUACGUCCUGAUGGACGGCGAGCAUCCUUGCAAAAGAAACUGCGAAUCGGGAGCGCCGCCCAUGAUAUGUAGAUACAAAUUCGAAGUGGAGUCCUACCACACAUUGAGCAAGGCCUGCUUCGACUGCCCUUUCAACGUGACCGAUUGCUUCCGCAAAGACUGCGUACCGGCCGAUGGUACCAAAAGGGCCAUUGUUACCAUCAACAGGCAAAUGCCCGGGCCACCCAUAGAGGUAUGCCAAAACGACGUAAUAGUCGUAGAUGUACACAACAAACUAGCAAGCGAAGGAACAACAAUCCAUUGGCACGGCCAACAUCAAGUUUCCACACCUUACAUGGACGGUGUCCCGUUUAUAACACAAUGCCCGAUACCGCCUCACACCACCUUCAGGUACACCUUCAAAGCCACACAAGCCGGUACACAUUUCUACCACUCGCACAUAGGUGUGCAACGAUGCGAUGGCGCGUACGGUCCGUUGAUCGUGAGAGUUCCGGAAGAAAAGGAUCCGCAUAUAGGGCUGUACGAUUACGAUCUGACCGAUCACGUAAUGGUGCUGGCCGAUUGGGCUUCGCAAUUGGGAACCGAGGUUUUCAUGUCGCAUCAUCACAACGACGGCGAUAACAAGCCGCCUACGAUGCUGGUGAACGGUUUGGGCCGGUUCAGGGAGUUCAAUGGUACCGGAGAUGGACCGAUUUAUACUCCUUCUGCUAGGUUUUCCGUUGAACAGGGUUACCGGUAUAGGUUUCGAGUUAUAAAUGCUGGGUUUUUGAAUUGUCCGAUAGAAAUGACAGUAGACGGUCAUACGAUCCACGUUAUUAGUUCAGACGGAAAUGAUAUUAAUGCUACAUCAGCUACUUCGCUGGUCACAUACGCCGGGGAACGAUUCGAUUUCAUCGUCAACGCCGACCAACCCAAAGGCCUCUAUUGGAUACGCUUCAAAGGUCUGAUGGAUUGCGACGAAAGGUUCACGAAGGCCUUCCAGGUGGCUGUAUUGCAGUACGAAGGAGGCAGCGCGAACGAGACCCUUCUCAACAUGUACCCGUUGGAAGAAGUGACCUACGAUAACGCUCACGUAGAUGGACUUCAAAUUAAUCCUUUGAACGUGGGUACUGAAGGCAACGAAUCGUUCGUGACGAUGCCGGAGCUGGAGUCGAUGGUACCGUGGGAUGAUAGCUUGAAAGAAGUGGCCGAUUAUCAGUUCUACAUAGCUUACGAUUUCUAUAAGAUAAGCAACAGGGAGUUUUACAAACCACCGCAUUACGGAUACUUCUCCAUACAAAACUCGAAACAGAAGGUGCUGACGCCCCAAUUCAACCACAUAUCCAUGGAGAUGCCGUCGUUUCCAUUGUUGCCCCAAAGAGACGAGAUAACCGAUGAUAUGUUUUGUAACAGCGAGACGAUGAAAGAGCGCAACUGCACCGAGGAUUACUGUUCUUGCAUGCACGGGUUAAAGGUGCCUCUAGGAGCUGUGGUGGAAUUGGUGUUUUUGGACGAAGGGGUCGCUUACGAUGCAAAUCAUCCUCUGCAUUUACACGGUUACUCGUUCCGCGUCGUGGCUUUGGAAAGGCUAGGAAAUACCACUACAAUCGAGGAAAUUAAAAACGCCGAUGCCAGAGGUCUCGUAAAAAGGAACUUGAAGAAUCCUCCUGUUAAAGACACAAUUACGGUACCGGACGGGGGUUACACGAUAGUUAGAUUCAAAGCCACUAAUCCAGGCUACUGGUUCUUCCAUUGCCACUUGGAGUUCCACGCCGAAAUCGGGAUGGCUUUGGUCCUGCAAGUGGGCGAAAAGGACGAGAUGUUGCCGGUGCCUAAAAAUUUCCCGCGUUGCGGAAGCUACCAGCCGGAUCCGUUCGAAAGUAUCUCGAAUAGCCAGAAAAGUGCAGCUGCAAUUCGAAGGUUGUCUGUAAUUGCUGUGUGUUUGGUUGUAUUUUUGAUAUUUUCUCUAGUCAAUUGAAAUAAUUCGAUGUAUAGGUGAAUCGAACAAACGGAGUUUGAAUGCUGGAGUUUGUUAUUCCUGGCCAUAUUAUUGUUAAAGUUAAGUCACAUGCCAAGAGAGUAUUUUUGUGUGUAAUAAUUUAUAUUUAGGUAAGCGUUUUUGUAAAUAUUUAUUUGUAAAUAUGUAUGUUAAUUUAAGCCCUUCAAGAUGUAGUCAACAGUGCAAUAAACAUUUUUAUAUUGAAACGUGGAAUAUUCCUUGGUGCAAUUAAAAAUGUAAUUUAUAAUCAUUUUUUUACAAGUUAAAUGUGCUUUAUGUAAUUAUUUUAGGUGAUAAUUGUAAAUUUCACCUAUGUGAUAAAUGUGUGAUAAUUGUAAGCAAUAAAGAG